GAGGCAUGCUGAGGCCCGGCGGCCGGCAGGAUGAGUGCGCGCGAGGCGGGCAGCUCCGGCCGCCGGGAGCAGGCGGCCUACCACCUGCGCAUCUACCCCCGGCUGUCAGCCACCGAGAGCCAGGCCUCGUGCCGCGUGACCGCCACCAAGGACAGCACCUCGGCCGACGUCAUCCGCGCCGCCAUCGCCAGCCUGCGGCUCGACGGCACCAAGUGCUACGUGCUGGUGGAGGUCAAGGAGUCCGGCGGGGAGGAGUGGGUGCUGGACGCCAGCGACUCCCCGGUGCACCGCGUGCUGCUGUGGCCGCGGCGGGCGCAGGAUGAGCACCCGCCCGAGGACGGCUACUACUUCCUGCUGCAGGAGCGCAACGCCGACGGGACCAUCAAGUACGUGCACAUGCAGCUGGUAGCGCAGGCCACGGCCGCCCGGCGCCUGGUGGAGCGGGGCCUGCUGCCACGGCCCGAGGCCGACGUGGACGACCUGUGCAACCUCCCCGAGCUGACGGAGGGCCGCCUGCUGCAGAACCUCAAGCAGCGCUUCCUGCGGCAGAAGAUCUACACGUACGCGGGCAGCAUCCUGGUGGCCAUCAACCCCUUCAAGUUCCUGCCCAUCUACAACCCCAAGUACGUGAAGAUGUACGAGAACCAGCAGCUGGGCAAGCUGGAGCCGCACGUGUUCGCGCUGGCCGACGUGGCCUACUACGCCAUGCUGCGCAAGCGCGUCAACCAGUGCAUCGUCAUCUCGGGGGAGAGCGGCUCGGGCAAGACCCAGAGCACCAACUUCCUGAUCCACUGCCUCACCGCCCUCAGCCAGAAGGGCUACGCCAGCGGCGUGGAGCGCACCAUCCUGGGAGCUGGCCCCGUGCUGGAGGCCUUCGGAAACGCCAAAACAGCCCACAACAACAACUCGAGCCGGUUCGGGAAGUUCAUCCAAGUCAACUACCUGGAGAGCGGCAUCGUGAGAGGAGCUGUCGUGGAAAAAUACCUGCUGGAGAAGUCUCGCCUGGUGUCCCAGGAGAAGGAUGAGCGGAACUACCACGUGUUUUAUUAUUUGUUGCUCGGUGUCAGCGAGGAGGAGCGCCAAGAAUUCCAGCUCAAGCAGCCCGAAGAUUAUUUCUACCUCAACCAGCAUAACUUGAAGAUUGAAGACGGGGAGGACCUGAAGCACGACUUUGAGAGACUCCAGCAGGCCAUGGAGAUGGUGGGCUUCCUGCCCGCCACCAAGAAGCAGAUCUUCUCCAUGCUCUCGGCCAUCCUGGACCUGGGCAAUGUCACGUACAAGAAGAGAGCCACAGGCCGCGACGAAGGCCUGGAGGUCGGGCCCCCAGAGGUCCUGGACACGCUGUCCCAGCUCCUGAAGGUGAAGCGCGAAAUCCUGGUGGAGGUCCUGACCAAGAGGAAAACGGUGACGGUCAAUGACAAGCUCAUCCUGCCCUACAGCCUCAGCGAGGCCGUCACCGCCCGCGACUCCAUGGCCAAGUCGCUGUACAGCGCCCUGUUCGACUGGAUCGUGCUGCGCAUCAACCACGCGCUCCUCAACAAGAGAGACGUGGAGGAGUCGGUCUCGUGCCUGUCCAUCGGGGUCCUGGACAUCUUCGGCUUCGAAGACUUCGAGAGGAACAGCUUCGAGCAGUUCUGCAUCAACUACGCCAACGAGCAGCUGCAGUACUACUUCAACCAGCACAUCUUCAAGCUGGAGCAGGAGGAGUACCAGGCCGAGGGGAUCACGUGGCACAACAUUGACUACACUGACAACGUGGGCUGUAUCCACCUCAUCAGCAAGAAGCCCACAGGCCUCUUCUACCUGCUGGACGAGGAGAGCAACUUCCCCCACGCCACCAGUCAGACGCUGCUGGCCAAGUUCAAGCAGCAGCAUGAGGACAACAAGUACUUCCUGGGCACCCCGGUCCUGGAGCCGGCGUUCAUCAUCCAGCAUUUCGCCGGGAAAGUGAAAUACCAGAUCAAGGACUUCCGGGAGAAGAACAUGGACUACAUGCGGCCCGACAUCGUGGCCCUGCUGCGGGGCAGCGACAGCUCCUACGUGCGCGAGCUCAUCGGCAUGGACCCAGUGGCCGUCUUCCGCUGGGCCGUGCUGCGCGCCGCCAUCCGCGCCAUGGCCGUGCUCCGCGAGGCCGGGCGCCUGCGGGCCGAGAGGGCCGAGAAGGCCGCAGCAGACAUGGGCAGUCCUGGCAGCCGAAGCCACGCGGGGGAGCCACCGAAAGGAGCCUGCACGCCGUCGGAAAAGCUGUACCGCGAUUUGCAUAACCAAAUCAUCAAGAGCAUCAAGGGGCUGCCGUGGCAGGGCGAGGACCCGCGGAGGCUCCUCCAGGCCCUGGGUCGGCUCCCGAAGCCCUGCACCUCCGUCCUGAAGAGUAAAGGUAUCAAACCAAAGCAGAUCAUCCCUAAGAACCUGCUGGACUCCAAGUCCCUGAAGCUGGUCAUCAGCAUGACCCUGCACGACCGCACCACCAAGUCGCUGUUGCACCUGCACAAGAAGAAGAAGCCGCCCAGCAUCAGCGCCCAGUUCCAGACGUCACUCAACAAGCUCCUGGAGGCGCUGGGCCAGGCCGAGCCUUUCUUCAUCCGCUGCAUCCGCUCCAACGCCGAGAAGAAGGAGCUUAGCUUCGACGAGGAGCUGGUGCUGCAGCAGCUGCGCUACACGGGCAUGCUGGAGACCGUGCGCAUCCGGCGCUCUGGCUACAGCGCCAAGUACACCUUCCAGGAUUUCACGGAGCAGUUCCAGGUUCUGCUGCCCAAGGACGCCCAGCCGUGCCGGGAGGUCAUCUCGGCCCUGCUGGAGAAGAUGGCCAUAGACAAGAGGAGCUACCAGAUCGGGAAGACCAAGGUCUUCCUCAAGGAGACGGAGCGCCAGGCCCUGCAGGAGACGCUGCACCGGGAGGUGGUGCGCCGGAUCCUGCUGCUGCAGAGCUGGUUCCGCAUGGCACUGGAGCGCCGGCACUUCCUGCACACCAAGCGGGCGGCCGUCACCAUCCAGGCCUGCUGGAGGUCCUACCGUGUCCGCCGGGCGCUGGAGCGCACGCAGGCCGCCGUGUUCCUCCAGGCCGCCUGGAGGGGCUACCGGCAGCGUGCAGCCUACCGGCGCCAGCGCCAGAGCAUCAUCCGCCUGCAGAGCCUGUGCCGGGGCCACCUGCAGCGCCGGAGCUUCAGGCUGAUGCUGGCGGAGCAGCGGAGGGCGGAGGAGCAGGCGCGGGCGGCUCAGGCCGCGGAGCCGGGAACCUCGGAGGGCCCGGCCGCCAGCACGGGGCAGGCGGCUGAGCAGGGCACGGAGGCGGCAGAGGACAGUGGGCACCCGGCUCCAGGGCCUGAGGCACAGCCCAGGGAUGAGCCCCCGGCCGGGCCCUCCCCACCAGGCACGGAGGCCAGGGGCACCGAGAAGCCUCUCCCGGCCCAGAAGCAUGUGGCAGCCGAGGGCCCGGAGAAGGUCCCCAGGGGCCGGGAGAAGCGCGAGUCACGGCGGCAGAGGGGGCUGGAGCACGUGGAGCUGCAGAACAGGCACAGCCAGGCCUGCAGGGACGAGAGGGGCCUCAAGGAACCUUCCGGAAGGGCCACCCGCGAGCCAGGCCAGAGCCCCCCGGGAAGCGCACCGGCGCAGGGAGACGAGACCCCCGCAGGGACAGGGCCCGAAACCCAGGCCGCGGCUCCUGAACAACCCGCGGAGCCGCCUCAGGCUGUGGCUGGCACCAGAGUCUCUGGGGAGACCGAGAAGGCGCCCCCCGGCGGCAGCCCGAGGCCCAGCCGUGCAGAGCGGCCCACCAGCCUGGCCCUGGACAGUAGGAUCUGCCCGCCGGCCCCCCGCAGCACCCCUGAAACCCCCAAGGCUCAGGACAAGCUCGAGAGCCCCGGGGGUCCCACCCAGAUCCAGCGGUACCGGGACCCGGACGCCGAGCGGCUGGCCAACGCCGUGGAGCUGUGGCGGGGCAAGAAACUGAUGGCUGCCGGCCCCAGCACCAUGCUGAGCCACUCUCUGGACCUGACCGAGAGGCAGCCUGCCCUCACGCCCUCAGAGGAGAAGCGCGUGUGCUUGUCGGCCAGCGACAUCUCCGGGCUGUCCCCGGCCAAGGCCCAGCCCCCAGCGGACAGCGCCGACGGGGAGCCGAGCAGCAAGAAGCCGGCCGUGCAGAAGAAGAAGUCAGGCGACGUGUCCUCCGGCCCGGAUGCAGGGCUGUCCCCCGGGUCCCAGGUCGACUCUAAGUCCACUUUUAAGAGACUGUUCCUGCAUAAGACCAAGGACAAGAAAUACAGCCUGGAGGGCGUGGACGAGACCGAGCCGACAGCGCUGGGCCACGGGGCGCCGGAAGCCGCCAGCAAGAGGGGUCCCGAAGCGGCCGACAAGCAUGCCAAGGAGCCCGGGGGCAAAGGGAAGAAGAGCCGGAACCUGAAGGUGGGCAAGAUCACCGUGUCUGAGAAGUGGCGGGAGUCGGUGUUCCGCAAGAUCACCAACGCCAACGAGCUCAAGUACCUGGACGAGUUCCUGCUCAACAAGAUAAACGACCUGCGUUCCCAGAAGACCCCCAUCGAGAGCUUGUUCAUCGAAGCCACCGAGAGGUUCAGGAGCAGCAUCAAGACCAUGUACUCCGUGCCCAACGGCAAGAUCCACGUGGGCUACAAGGACCUGAUGGAGAACUACCAGAUCGUGGUGGGCAACCUGGCGGCCGAGCGCGGCCAGAAGGACACCAACCUGGUCCUCAACCUCUUCCAGUCGCUGCUGGACGAGUUCACGCGCGGCUACACCGCCAAGGGCGACGCGGAGCCGGCCAAGCACAGCAAAGCUCAGAAGAAGAAGCGGAAGCAGGAGCGCUCUGUGCAGGAGCACCACGGGCACGUGUUCGCCAGCUACCAGGUGAGCAUCCCGCAGUCCUGCGAGCAGUGCCUCUCCUACAUCUGGCUCAUGGACAAGGCCCUACUGUGCAGCGUGUGCAAGAUGACUUGUCACAAGAAGUGCCUGCACAAGGUCCAGAGCUACUGCUCCUACACGUGCGGCAGGAAGAGCGAGCCGGGCGCCGAGCCGGGCCACUUCGGCGUGUGCGUGGGCAGCCUGACCAGCGACAAGGCCUCGGUGCCCGUGGUCCUGGAGAAGCUGCUGGAGCACGUGGAGAUGUACGGGCUGUACACGGAGGGCCUCUACCGCAAGUCGGGCGCCGCCAACCGCACGCGGGAGCUGCGCCAGGCUCUGCAGACAGACCCCGCGGCCGUGAAGCUGGAGAAGUUCCCCAUCCACGCCGUCACGGGCGUGCUGAAGCAGUGGCUGCGCGAGCUGCCCGAGCCGCUCAUGACCUUCGCCCAGUACGGCGACUUCCUGCGCGCUGUGGAGCUGCCCGAGAAGCAGGAGCAGCUGGCCGCCAUCUACGCCGUGCUGGAGCACCUGCCCGCGGCCAACCACAACUCGCUGGAGCGGCUCAUCUUCCACCUUGUCAAGGUGGCCCUGCUGGAGCACGUGAACCGCAUGUCGCCGGGGGCGCUGGCCAUCAUCUUCGCGCCCUGCCUGCUGCGCUGCCCCGACACCGCCGACCCGCUGACCAGCAUGAAGGACGUGCUCAAGAUCACCACGUGUGUGGAGAUGCUGAUCACGGAGCAGGUGAGGAAGUACAAGGAGAAGAUGGACAACAUCACCCAGCUCGAGGCCGAGGAGAGCAUCGCCUUCCGCCGGCUCUCUCUGCUACAGCAGAGUGGGCCAUGGCCUCUCACACUGGGGUUCUCGUCUCCCUAUGCGGGGGUCCUGAGCAAGAGCCCCCAGGAGCCGGGCAGCCAGGGCGGCCUGGAGGAGCUGGAGGCGCUGCCGGAGGAGACGGCGGCCGGCGGCGAUGAGGACCGCGAGAAGGAGAUCCUGAUGGAGCGCAUCCAGUCCAUCAAGGAGGAGAAGGAGGACAUCGCCUACCGGCUGCCCGAGCUGGACCCCAGGGGCUCGGACGAGGAGAACCUGGACUCGGAGACGUCGGCCAGCACCGAGAGCCUACUGGAGGAGCGGGCUGGGCGCGGGGCCGCGGAAGGGCCCCCCGCGCCUGCUCUCCCCUGCCCCGGGGCGCGCGCCCCGAGCCCCCUCCCCCCGGCGGCCGCCCCUGCGCGGCGAAGGCCGUCAUCCUUCGUCACGGUCCGAGUGAAGACCCCCCGGCGGACCCCCGUCAUGCCCACGGCCAACAUCAAGCUCCCGCCCGGCCUGGCUGCGCACCUGCCAGGCCAGGGGCCGGGGGCCGUGCGGCGCCGCGAGCCGCCGGCCCGCCGCCCGGACCUGGUGCACUCGGUGUACGGCGCGCCCGGGGCGCACACGCCGGCCCAGGGCGCCCUCGGGGCGCCCUCGGAGGACGCCCGGCCUCCCGGGGCCCAGCGGAGGUACUCGGACCCCCCAAUGUACUGCGUGCCGCCCGCCUCGGGCCAGGCCCACGGCUGAGCCCUGUGGCCCGGGGACAGAGCUGCGAAGCCGGGGCGUCGGCCCCGCAAGGAUCCAGAAGGAGCUGCUCCGGGAGCACCCCGCGGUGGGUGGAGCCAAGGCCCGGCCGGGCAGGGAGGGGGCGGGCGCUGGUGCCCCUGGCCCGGCCCUGAGCUCCAGUCCUGGGCCCUGGGCGGCCUUGUGUCUCCCCCACCCCUUUUUGUACGUUUCUAGUAACUCUUUGUACGUGGUUUACAUAACUCAGCUGUAACAGCCGGACCGAAGACCAAACUUUUUUAUACGCGCGCGUGUACAAACUCCUAUGUGAGGCCCGGGCCCGGGGCUCCUGGGCACCCACGGGCGUGCACUCCAGGGGCCGGUGGCACCAGGGCUCGGGCCAGGGGCAGACAGGCCCGGGAAGUGGCCCCCGCGCCCUCUGGACAGCAGGAGCCAGGGACUCGGACGCUGGGGUGGGCACGGUGGGCAGGGCCCUGCAGGACCCCCACCCCAGCCAGGGGUGCCGGAGGCACUCGGACACGUGGCUGCAGGGCUGGGACCAAGGUGUGAAAUAAAACGUGUCUGAGACACCCAGUGUGAGGUUCCUGCUCGGGUCCCAGGCAGGGGCGCUGUGGGAGCUCCGUGGGGGUGCCCCGUGGAGCUGGUGCGGGGAGGGGGCACUGGGCCGUCCACACCCCACUCCAGCUCCCCGAGGCAGCGGUGGGGGCUUAGGUAGCGGGGCCCCUGCACCCACGUGGGAGAUGGGAGAGCUCCUGGCUGGGCCAGCUCCAGCCACUGUGGCUAUUUGGGGAGCGGACCAGCGGACGGAAGACCUCUCUCUCUCCAACUCUGCCUUUCAA